AUGACGCGGGCCGACGAGGCGCCGGCCAGCGGCGGCGUGAGGUACACAGAGCCGCAGCUCGACGAAGGCUACCGCGCGUCGACAGAGUUCGAUCCGCAGGGCAUGGAGCACCUCUACUACGUGACCAACUUGUUCCUGGAUGCGAUACAGCAGGAUGACAGGGCGGCACUUGAUCAGAGGCAGCUGGAGACAGCGCGGAAGGCGGGCAAUCUGACCGAGACGUUUGUCCACCUGGGGCUGUAUGAUUGGUCCACACUGGUGCAUCACCACCUGGGCUACGCCAUCUUGGCUGGCGUCGGCAUCGUGCUGGCGCUUCUCACUCCCUUCAUCGGCCUCAUUGUCUGCUGCUGCCGCUGCUCCGGGAAGUGUGGGGGCCGGGUGGAGCCUUAUGAUAAGAGAAAAGACACGUGCAGGCGCUGGUGCAACGGCAUCUUCCUCAGUCUUUUAGUCCUGCUGAUUUUGUUCGGCGUGGUCGGCUCGUUCGUGGUUAACGAGUACGUAGAGCGAGGCGUGACCGAGGUACCGCCGCGUCUGCACGUGGCCGUCAACGACUCCCAGCUCUACGUGCAGAACACCAAACUGGAGGUCAACCACCUGCUGAAAAACAACUACAUGGAGUUGACGGAGGUGCUGGACGAGUCUUUAGAGGGGUGUGGAGACCGGAUCAAGACCCAGCUGGCCACCAUCUCCCGCGCCGUGGCCGUAGAGAACUUGACAGCGAUCGCCGAGGGGCUCGGUGACAUUCGACGUGACCUGACGGCGAUCGCCGACCAGUCCCAGCUGCUGCAGAACAAGGCGGACCAGCUGGGGGUGGGCCUUCAGGACGCGCGUGCCGAGCUGACCGUGCUGCUGCGCUCCUGCGAGCUGCCCGACGUGUCGAGGACGGCCCGCGAGAUCUCCGCCCUCAUCGAGAACGGCAUCGAGAGCGAAGUUCGCUCCGGCAAACAGGCGCUCGACCAGCUGUCUGAGCGCAUCCAGGCAGAGGUGGCGGCCAUCGUGCCCGAGGUCCGGCAGAGUAUCAGUCGGGAGGGCAUUCAGCUGCAGGGGGUCGCCACUAACAUCACCAGCGUGCUAGACGAGGUCCAGCUGCGGCCUGCUCACAGAGCCAUUGACGAGGCAAACGACUACCUGCGUCAGUACGGCGCCUUCAGAUACUACGUGUUCCUGAUCAUCUCGGGCCUGGUGCUGAUCAUCACGUUUUGUCUGACGGUCGGGAUCUUCUGCGGCUUCUGCGGACGCCGGCCGGGCAAUGUCUACGGGGACGGCACGUGCAACAAGGGCACCGGUGCCAACUUCCUCAUCAGCGGCACGUUCUUCUACUUUCUGUUCGGCUGGCUGCUGCUGCUGCUCAUCACGUGUAUGUUCCUGCUGGGCGGUCUGGCCCAGUUCUACCUGUGCGACGGCCUGGCCAACCCCUCGGCGCCCGGCAGCGGCCUCGCUAUCCUGCAGGCCGUCUAUCCGCUGGAGAAGCUGCUCCCUCAGCUCGAGCCCACAGGCUUCGAUGUAGCGGAGGUGGUCAGCCGAUGCCAUCGCAACCAGUCAAUCUACAAGGUGCUCAACCUGGAACCCGUGUUCGAUAUUUCUCAGAUCAGCACCUACAAACGGAACCUGGGUCUGGAUGACCAGCUGGACAGGCUACGAGAUGAGAUCAGGGUGGACACGGACAUAGAAAUUCUGACGCCGCGAGCCCGGCAGCAGCUGAUAGAUUUAGCCGAGACGGACUUAGCGCAGGUCAACUACACGGCCUUUGCUGUCGCGCUGAAGGAGCGCGUGCUCUCGAUCGACCUGCGCAACAUGGGGCGCGAGCUGGAGUCAGCCGCCCAGGAGCUACCCAACACACAGCGCAGCGUGGCCACCAAGCUGAGGAACCAGGCCAUCAUCCUGAUGGCGCACCAGCGCGUGGCUGAGGGCAUGGCCGAGAUCGUCGACGGCGUCUUGGUGAGCUUCCUCACCAGCUGGCGGAUGUGGUGGUUUAGUCGGACGCCUCUGGCCGGGCCCGGAAUUGGCCGUUUCGGUGUGCGUUUGUUCGGCCUCAGGAAGGACUAUAGUAGCUAA